AUGCCUUUAUCCCAAAUAGAAAAUGAUUCGAAAAAAUUAUUGUUUGUUGAUAAUAUUUUUCAAUUAUUAUUAUAUGUUUACAAAGAUGAAAUAUCUACUGAUAAAACUUAUCUGACUCAUGGAUUGUGCGAAAAAGGAUUUUUACAAUUUUUAUCACGAAUAAUUACUCUUUCUUCAAACGUGGAACAUUGUUUGCACAUUCGUAAACUUGGAGUCCUUGUACUUUCAUACGUAAUUAUAAAUUUAUCCGAAGACGUACUCAUGAUAAGUAAAAUCGAAAUAGAAGGAGUGGAUAAUUUUCAAAAAGAAAUUUAUAACGGAUUUUCAAAACUUCCAUUGGAUGGUUCAAAAUGGCUACAAAUGUCACAAUUAUCAUCUGAUUAUUACAAUCGUAGUGAAAAUGAUAUCGAAGCAAAAAAUAAAAUAAUAUUUGCUCUAGAAAUUCAAAAUGAUUUGUCAUUGUCAUACACUCAUCAUCCCGCCAUACUUUAUUGGGCAUUUUCUUGCGAAAUCGGUUCGAUUCGUCUUUGGCUUUUGAAUAAAACAUCAGAUUGUAAAGAAUUGGAAGAAUUAAUUAAAAAAUCAUCGGAUGUUAGAUUUGCAAUUUUGGUACUAUUAGAUUUGGCAUAUUCAACAUUACAUUCUAUAUUAUCAGAGGGUGAAUAUGAAAAUUUAACAGGAAAUAUUUGGUUUAUUUUACCACAAAUGUUGGGUAAAUACAUAUCGGAUUUAACUUCAGCUAAAAAUGUGGAUUACGUAAUAGAAUUAAGCAGUUUAAAAAGUCCCAAAUGUUGUUUUGAUAUCGUUACAAUAAUAAGAAUUUCAUCCCUUUUGUCACAAGUUUUUAUCAAAUCGGAUUUGAUAACAAUUUUACCAUGUUUUACAUUAACUUAUUCAUUAUUGAAAUUGGGAAUUGAAAUGGACGAUAUAAGAGUUAUUGAAACAUUUUUACGUAACGUUGAAUUCGUUGAAAAAAUAAUAACGAGCGGAAUGGAUUCAAAUAUUGUUGAAAUAAUAACGAUAAGUUUAAAAUUAUUGACAAUUUUUUGGAAAAACGGUAAUCAAAUUAAAACAACGGAAGAGGAAGUGAGUCAAAUUAAUAAAUUUUGUCGUUGGAAAAGCGAUUAUUAA